UUUUAAAUUAAAAUAUGGUAACCCUAGCUUAUCCAUUCUCCAGGCCAUUUGCUGGGGUCCCAAGUUCCAUCGCUGCUUGCUUUGGCUGCUCUAGAUUUCGCCUGCAGAUUAGAGACAAUGUGUGAUGGACGCAGGAAGAGAUGAGACAUCGUCGACUUCCUGUAGCUGGAGCCACCAGCUGAGUUCCUUAUUUGGGGCUCGGUGGAGCUGGGCACUGGGGUGUUGGUGGCAGCCCUGAGGGUCCCCUCACUGUCCCCAUCAUGGCAUCUGCUCUCACCAUCCUCCUCCUCGGUUGCUGGCUGGCCGGGCACAGCGGGGUGUGGGGAGGGCGUGAAUUUGUCAAACCCACCAUCUGGGUGAGCCCCAGCAGGGUGGUGGCGCUCGGGGAAAGCGUCACCAUCCGCUGUGAGGGUCGGUACCCGGGCAUGGAGUUCUUUCUGCGUAAAGCUGGACACCCGAACCCACAGGUGCAGACGGUGCCUGAUGGGACCGUGGCUGAAUUUCCCAUCGCCAGUGUCAGCCGGGAAGAUGGAGGGAGCUACACCUGCGACUAUCGCUCCAUAACGGAUCAGAGUCGCUCGUCGUAUCUCAGCGACCCCGUCGAGAUCAUUGUAGCAGAGCCCAGCUACCCCAAACCCAGCAUCUCCCUCAGCCCCAGCGGGGGAGUCUCCCUGGGGGGAGCCGUGACCGUCCGGUGUCGGGGGCAGCACCGGGGCGUGCGCUUCAUGCUGAAUAAAGAGCGACACCAUUUCCCACCUGUGGAUUCGGACGGGUUUGAGGCUGUGUUUCCCAUCAGCAACGUGCGCCGGGAGCACAGCGGGAGCUACAGCUGCUCCUAUCACAGCAGAUCGGAGCCGUUCGCCGUGUCGUACCCCAGCGACCCCGUGGAGCUGGUGGUGAGAGAUCCCAGCUUACCCAGACCCUCCAUAUCUCUGAGCCCCACUGGGGUCACCGCCCCAGGGGCAGACGUCACCAUCCGGUGUCAGGGGCAGCGCCGGGACGUGAGGUUCUUCCUGCACAAGGCUGCAGACCUGAACCCGCAGCGACACAUGGACCCUGCUGGGGACGGGGCCGAGUUCCGCAUCCCCACCGUGGGCCGGCACGGAGGGAACUACAGCUGCAGCUACCGGCUCCAAUCACAGCCCUUCAUCUCCUCGCAGCCCAGCAACCCCGUGGAGCUGGUGGUAGGAGGGCGAGGAUACCCCAAACCAACCAUCUCGGUGAGCCCCAGCAGGGUGAUGGCAUUGGGGGAAAACGUCACCAUCCGCUGUGAGGGUCGGUACCGGGGCAUGGAGUUCUUUCUGCGUAAAGCUGGACACCCGAACCUGCAGGUGCGGUCGGUGCCUGAUGGGACCGUGGCUGAAUUUCCCAUCCCCAGUGUCAGCCGGGAAGAUGGAGGGAGCUACACCUGCGACUAUCGCUCUCUAGCGGAUCAGAGUCGCUGGUCGUAUCCCAGUGACCCCGUCGAGAUCAUUGUAGCAGUUCUGCUGCCUGUUCCCUGUGGAGCCCAAGCCCCUUGGGCACCGCCUGGGGUGGGAGGGGCUGAGGGGGAACAGACCAGCCGCUCCUGGCACUCACGGCUCUGCUGUUUCCCAGGCGGAUCGGAAUCGCUGGCAUCUCCGGGUCUGACCAGCCCCAUCAUCGCCGGGGUGAGCGUGGUAGCUGCUGUCCUCCUCCUCCUCCUUGUGGCCUUCGUCUGCUUCAGAAAAACCCGAGCCAGAAAAGGAGCUGCACCGAGACCAAGCAGCACCAGCCCUAUGGUGGCAUUAAAGGCGCCGGCUCAGCAAGACCCCAUCUACGCCUCCAUGGACGAAGGGAAAGAGCCGCAGACCCUGGAGCCCGGCAUCUACGCUGAGCUGGACCGCCAGACGCUGCAGCCCAGUGUGUACGAUGUGAUCAACGUGAGCCGGGGAGCCCCGCAGUGAGAGCCCCCCGCAGCCAUGGGGCGCCAGACCUCGGGGCAACAGCCUCUCGCCCCAACAGCGCCAGCCCCAGAGAACUCUGCAUCUAGGGAAGAUUUAGGGGGAUGCUGCCCUCCCCUCGCUGCAGCCCCGUCCCAUCAAGCUGCCCCACGCAGACCCACAUGUGGGGGAAGGGGGGGGGGCUCAGCACUGGGAUGGGUAGGAGAUGCUUCAAGGCAGCUUUGAUGUUAUUUUGCAUCCUCUUAACCUCCAGAUUGUAAUA